AUGACCUGUCACUACUUCGGAAUCCGUAGCGUAGCAAUGUUACUAGCACUAAUUAUUUGCCAUGUGCUUGCGUUAUCAUUUGCAAAUCCAUUCCACAAGUACCCGUUUGUAUUCCUGCUAGAUGUUGGUAAUGAAGAACUUGAAAGCGUUAAUACGCAACAGAUACGCAUAUCGACACCUGGAGGGUCUAUAGCUCUUCGAUAUCCAGCAGUCGGUGAAGGAGAUAAUAUAGCCCAUGUGAGAGUAAGUGGAAUCGACUUUGGAACUGAUCUUAAAGCAAACAUAGUUGACGGAGGACCUGGUUACAAAUACGUUGUGUUAGUAUUCAUGGGUAACCCAGGAAGACCCUACGAUGCUGUUUUGACUGUGCAAACUGUGCCUGAUACAACAAAAGAUGUUCAAGAUAACAGUGCAAGUAUUGAGAAUGAUCCAAACGACAGUGCUGAAGAUUUAAGUGACAAUGAGAAUAGAGAAUACUUGGAGAGUUCAAAGGCUGAACUUAUGCAGUCCAGUUCUAAUGUUUAUAAUUACGCCCAUGACAACAAUGAAGGUUAUAUUGAAAAUAAUGAUUACAUCUCACAAAAAGACAUACAUGUUCCAUACAGCGAGAGUUUUAGCUCAGAUGAGACUGUAGAAGUAAAGGAUUACUCAGAAGAUGACGAAGAUGAUGAAAAUCUCAACGUCAUCCCGAAAGAUGAAGAAAAUGAUGAUGACAAUGAGGAUGAUAAUGGUAACAACAAUGAAGAAGGUCCGAGUGAUGACAAAGUAGAACAAUCUGAAGUUUUCGAUGAGGAAGACGAUCCUAAUUUUAAUAAUGAAUACAAUGAUAUGUCGGCAGAUUAUGAUGAUUCGGAAGAAUUAGAUCAGACAUUUAAUGAUGAAGAAGUACAUGGUGAGAAAUAUAAAGACUCUAAUAAUAAUUAUGAAGACAAUGAUGAUAGUUCAGCUGUUGCGUACUAG